AUGAAGACGAGCCGCCGCGGCCGAGCGCUCCUGGCCGUGGCCCUGAACCUGCUGGCGCUGCUCUUCGCCACCACCGCCUUCCUCACCACGCACUGGUGCCAGGGCACGCAGCGGGUGCCCAAGCCGGGCUGCGGCCAGGGCGGGAGCGCCAACUGCCCCAACUCGGGCGCCAACGCCACGGCCAACGGCACCGCCGCCCCCGCCGCCCCCGCCGCCCCCGCCGCCGGGAACGGCCCCCCUGGCGGCGCGCUCUACAGCUGGGAGACGGGAGACGACCGCUUCCUCUUCAGGAAUUUCCACACCGGCAUCUGGUACUCGUGCGAGGAGGAGCUCGGCGGGCUCGGUGAAAAAUGCCGCAGCUUCAUUGACCUGGCCCCGGCUUCAGAGAAAGGGGUCCUGUGGCUGUCGGUGGUCUCCGAGGUACUCUACAUCCUCCUGCUGGUGGUUGGCUUCAGCCUCAUGUGUCUCGAGCUCUUCCACUCCAGCAAUGUCAUCGACGGGCUCAAGCUCAAUGCCUUCGCGGCUGUCUUCACGGUGCUCUCAGGCCUCCUGGGAAUGGUAGCCCACAUGAUGUACACGCAGGUGUUCCAGGUCACCGUGAGCCUCGGCCCUGAAGACUGGAGACCCCAUUCCUGGGACUACGGGUGGUCCUUCUGCCUGGCGUGGGGCUCGUUCACCUGCUGCAUGGCAGCCUCUGUCACCACGCUCAACUCCUACACCAAGACGGUCAUUGAGUUCCGGCACAAGCGCAAGGUCUUUGAGCAGGGCUACCGGGAGGAGCCGACCUUCAUAGACCCUGAGGCCAUCAAGUACUUCCGGGAGAGGAUGGAGAAGGGGGACGGGCACGAGGAGGAGGACUUUCGCUUGGAUUGCCGCCACGAGAGAUACCCCGCCCGACACCAGCCACACGUGGGCGAUUCCUGGCCCCGGAGCUCUGCACACGAGGCAGCAGAGCUGAACCGCCAGUGCUGGGUCCUGGGGCACUGGGUGUGA